CGGCCGCCGGCUUCUCGGCCCGGCAGCGCGGGGCAGGCGGCCUGGGUGGGCCGAGCCGGCGCCUGGCGCGCUGCCCGUCGUGGGCCGGAGCUGCCAGAUCCCAGCCCGGCGGCCGCCAGCCGGGCCCGGGGCGGGCGGAGCGCGGUUUCCCGUCGCAGGACACGUGAUUAAUAUUUAGGGGCUGCUGGCUCCCUGGUCCACCUUACAGACUCUCGAGUACACGUGGGAUUAGAGGUGCCAGGUUGUCGCGACCAUGGCCAUGAACCUCCUGGAGGACUGGUGCCGGGGGAUGGAAGUGGACAUCCACAGGUCCCUGUUGGUCACGGGCAUCCCAGAGGACUGUGGUCAAGCAGAAAUCGAGGAGACUUUAAAUGGGGUCCUCUCCCCGCUGGGCCCAUACUUCGUGCUCAAUAAGAUUUUUCUGAGGGAAGAGAAUGCCAAAGCUGCCCUGAUUGAGGUCGGAGAGGGUGUGAAUCUCAGGGCCAUACCCCGCGAAUUCCCAGGAAGGGGGGGCGUCUGGAGAGUGGUUUGUAGAGACCCCACCCAGGAUGCUGAGUUUUUAAAAAAUCUGAAUGAAUUCCUGGAUGCGGAGGGGCGCACCUGGGAGGAUGUGGUCCGCCUACUCCAGCUCGGCCACCCCCCACGCCCCCAGAAUCAGCCCGGAGAGAACUGGGCAGAAGCUGGGGUGCUCCUGGGGGCAGUGGUGCAAAUCAUCUUCUACAUGGAUGCGGAGAUCCGCAGCCGCGAGGAAGCUAGGGUGCAAGAAGUGGCUGAUGCCCAGGCAGUGGCAACCUCAGCCUCAGCAGCACGGAGGAAGAUCAAGAAGGAGCCAGGGCGAGCUGCAGAAGUAGGUUCUGCUUUGAAGAUCGAGAAUCCUGACUGCUGGCAUGACCUGGGAGAUGAAGGGGACCCUCCCAAACCUGUGGUUCUCAGAGCUGGAGCUAAAAAUCGCUCCAGGAGAAAGAAGCAGAGAAAAAACCCAAAGCAGGAAUCAGUGCCUUGGAAGAAGCCCAAAGGCCAGCAUUCCAACAGCUCAGGCUCCUCGGAGGUUCUUGAGGCUGAUGGUGCUGAAAAUAUGGAGGUCUCAGAAUAUAUCAGCAGCAGCAAAAAGCCCUGUGUGAAGCAGGAGGAGUCAGCUUUGAAGAAGCCUGUGGCAAAAUGUGCCUGGAAGGCUCCCAGUACCCCAUCCCACGAUCCCCCGUCAGAAGCUGUGAGUCCUGGGGUUGCUUUGGAGUCAGACCAAGAUGGCGGUCAGGAGGGCCCCCCAAAGAAGAAAGCCAUGAGCUGGGCCUUGGCAAAGAGUCCUGCCCCCAUGAGAAAGAAGAAGAAGGUGAGCUUGGGCCCUGUUUCAUACGUCCUUGUUGAUUCAGAAGAUGCCAAGAAGAAGCCAGCGAUCGCAAAGAAAGGGCCAGGCUCAAGAAGAGAUGCCUCGGUUCGGAAGGCCCUCCGAGGUCCCCAGCCUGAGGGGUUGCCAGCCUCAACGUCUCAGGGCCCAAAGGCCAAGCCAGAAGGCUCUCCUCCUGCCUCUAGUGGUCAGAAUGGCAACAGAAGUCAUUUGGGUUGUGCCAGCAAGUGGAUGAGUGGGGAAGAGCAGGAGCAGCAGGUGGGCGCAGAGGCACUCGGGGGCAUGGCAGGUCAGGUGGUGUGUGAGGAGGAUCCCAGUGCAGCGGAGGAGGCAGAUGACACACCAGCUGAGGCUUCAGAGGGCGAGAGCCCUGACCUCCCUCCUAGGAGCCCCUGAAGGCCAACCCUGGGGACACCCAAGGGCAAAGCAAACCCCCCACCUCUUGUUUGUUGGUGAGUGUUGCUGUGGUAGUCCCACGUCAUUCCACCACUCCAUCUGACCGAGCUCUGAUAAGAAUCCAGUAGUUUA